AUGGCAGAGAAGAUUGCUCGCUGUCCAGACGAGACUGAGUUCAAGGAUGGCCACUGCAUAAGGGUUAUUACCCACAAACCCGUCUCCGAAUGUCCACUUGGUUUUGGCCUUUCUGAGCACGGAACUCAGUGCAUCAAAGAAGAACUUGGAAUGCCUGCUCCUCUUUGCGUUCCUCCGGACGUUAUGUCACCGGAAGGAGAUUCCUGCAUAACCGUGACCGAGCAAGGGUUUGAAUACGUCUGUCCGGACGAUUAUCAGUGCAUUUCCCACACCAUCAAGAAGGCGAAGAAAUACAGCCCGCUGUGUUCCGCAUGCGCCAAGACAACGGAGGCACCGCCACUCUGCGGAUGCCCUGAAGGCCUGCAGGAGGUUAACGGCUCCUGCUAUGAUCCAGCGAUUUAUGCUCUCUGUCAAACUCGAGUGGCAGCCCCACGAAAGCAAGCACCGUCCAAGAAACAGGCGGCAUACCCAUCAAAAGAAGCUCCAGAGCCAGUGAUCGACUGCAAGCCGAUCAGCGCAGUCGCGUGCGAAUGUCAACCUCCAUUCUCGCUCGAAUGUGCCGGAGAUGUGUGCAGAUGCCUCCACCGGCUAGUUCUUCCAACGAUGCCCGUAUGCAGAGGAGAGAUCGACCCAGCCGGGAACUGCCUAACCCCAGCCAAAACGCGCCUUUUGUAUACUUGCCCAGAAGGCUUCACGUGCGACGUCGUGGACAAAAAGGGCCACUGCCGCUGUACACGGGUCAUAGUCGCGGAUCCCAUCCCCAGAUGUCUCGUAGGAGAGCCCCACGACACCAGAUGCAUUGAGGUCAUCAGAGAAGAAAAGAUCUUGGACUGCCCACCCGGAUUCACCGAAAGUUGCUGUGACAAUCAGUGCACCUGCACGAGGACACACUUGGCCGUAAGACAGGUCAAGUGUGAAGAUGGUGCAGUGAGCAUUCAAGGGCAGUGCGCUUACGUAUCGAAACCUUCUCUCGGAUGCUACGAAGUAAGUUUCUACGCAUUUUAUGUGCUGUUAAUCUUUCCAAACAAACGCCGUUCCAGGGUAUGCUUCGAGGGGAUAGAUGCGUCCAAGAGGUCAUCGUACCGCCCACCUGCGGAUAGAGUUAGACUUUCCGAUGCGGCCAUCGUGUGUCUCAAAAUGGUCUCAAUCCAAUCGCAUAAAACAAAUCGCAAUUGCUUUUGA